GGCACGCUGCGGCCUGCGCUCCCGCCGGAACCCGGGAACCCUCCGGUCCCGAUCUGGGGGUCCCUGGGUCCCCCAUUCCCGGGGGCUGGUCCCGGUGACUCUGCCCGGGGGUCUCUGUGCCUCCCAGACCGGCGAUCCCAGCCCCAUGGUCCCCUCCAGCCCCGGGGUCUCUGUGCCCCACCUGGAGGUCCCCUCACAGAGCGCCCCCAGCCCCGCAGCCCUGUCCCCAGCGACCCCCUCGGCCCACAGGUUUCUGUCCCACAUCGCCUCAGCACCCUGUCCCGCGCUGAGAGCGGUGGGGCCAGCACAGCCACCCCCAGACACCCACCCCACGGCCCAAGGAAGGGAUGUGGAGCCAGGCCAGCACCCCCCCGGCACGGCUGGGCAGCAGGAGACCCUUGGGGGUCUUGAGUCCCCAGGGCUGACUCUCACCAACAGCCUCAUCAACACGAGGAAGCCUCCGCACCCCGAGAGCCGAUCCACCGAGCUGCCGUCCCCCCCGACCCUCCGCUUGGACCGGGAGAACAUCUGUGCUAUCGGGAGGCUCUGGAGCCUGCGGGAGAUCCGCAGCCUCUACCUGCAGCGGAACCAAAUUGAGAAGAUUGAGAAUCUGGGCUGUUUCCCCAACCUGCGGUUCCUCUCCCUGGCCGGCAACCGCAUCCGCAGGGUGGAGAACCUGCAGCCCCUGCGACACCUGCGUGUCCUCGACUUGUCCCACAACCAGAUCCAGACGCUGGACCCAGACAAGCUGCCCCACAGCCUCUGGCUCCUCGACUUAACGGGGAAUGGAUGCACCCACCAGCGUGGAUACAGAGAGCGGGUGCUGGGGGCCCUGCCCCACCUCCUGCAGCUGGACAACCAGCCCGUCUGCGAGGAAGAGGAGGAAGGAGGCUCCUCCGGCAGCGAGGACGAAGAUGACAAAUUGCUCUCUGAGCCGAGCAGCCCUUUCACUGCAGAAAAAGGUGCCCAGACUGACGUAGGACACGUCGCACGCUCGGGUCCCUCCAUCCCCGAGGGUGACAGGGCUCUCGGGUGGCUGUGCCAGGUCUCCUGUAACUCUCUCCCUGCAGAUUUCUUUGUGGACCUGCAGCAGGAGCUGGACGGGCGCUCGUGGCGGCGGCGCCGGGAAGCCCUGAGCGAGCACCGGGCCCGGCUGGAGGAGCUGGAGACGCUGCGGGAGCGUCGGGCUCUGCUGCUGAGCCCCGGGGAAGAGGGAGGCGCCUGCACCGCGGCCCCUGCGAGGGCUCAGCUGCGUCCCCAAGCAAAGCCGGGGACACAGCUGCCACCCCUGCCAGCACCCGGCAGGCGGCACGACCACGGGCAGCCCCGCGCCAAGGCUCCGGAGGAGGAAAAUCGCACCAAAGGACCAAGAAAGGGGCAUUUACCCCCGAUCCCCUGCGCCAGCACGGCACUGCACGGGUGCGAUUAAAGCUUUUUUAUUCCUA